UAACAUCUCUAUUUCCCGGAACGGCUGCAUCGUCCAACCGAACCAUCCGUAUAAUAUCGUGGAGUGUGAUGGAUUUAACCCAAGGCAGUCUUCAUUCCCUAAACCAUGAGUGACCCCAAAACACCCAGUCCAGACAAAUCGUCAUCCAGCCCAACACCAGAUAGUUUCUUGUAUGAAACAAAAUUCAUUGUCUUAACCUUCCUCAAUCACUUAACCCAAGAGCGAGAGGAUCAACAAAGACUAAAAUCUGACACACAGAAAAAUGUCCGAGAGUAUGCAAGGCACUGGAAGACCCGGUCGCUUCCCUCAACUCCACCAAAACAGAGAAGGAGGCCAAAAAAGCCUCAAAUAUCAGAGGACAAAUUUCGGCAGUUUUCAUCCGAUGAGAACCUUCAUCGUCAAUCAAAACCUGAAUCUGGGCCAUCUUACAACAGCUGGGAUCUACCAUUGUCUCACAUGCAAAAAAAAUUCCACAAAAAAUCACAUCGCCAACUUGGUGCUCGGUAUUCGCUACAGCAACAAAGCCCAAGCUUCGAAUCAACAGACUCUAGCAAAUCAUCACAAUCAGCUCCUGCAAGGGCUCCAGUUUAUCAGCGGAGUCUAAGUGACAACAGUAGCCAAGAUGGCAGCACCUACAUCAGUGAUGCAGAUGACGAACUGGACUUUUCUCAAGGAUCAGCAUCAAGUGGUCUGAGAGGCUCCAGGAAUAAUGAGUUACUGAAGAGUUCGGGGCACUAUCUGCGAGUGUCAAGGUUGUCAACAGUGCCAAGUGAGUCGGAACCUGAAGCGGAUGCCCAAGGAGAUACAAGUACUGCUGCGGAAACUACUGAGCUAACUGUAGAUGUGGAGGACAUCGCCUUUGACUUGAAUGAUGAUGAAAGUGGAAAUGUUGUACAUACAGUAGAUGAUGAUGGUGACGUUGUGGAUGGGUUUACAGACUCUGAUUUGUCUGACCUUGAAUUAGAUGAGGCUGUGGGUGCGAAGGGGGAUAGUGACAUUGAGGAAGAGGAGGUUGGGAAGCUUGGCAUGGCGGCAGGGGGAACAGAAGCACCUGAGAUAGCUAAUGGAAAUGCUACUGAGGCUAGAGCCUCUUCUGGACCAAGAUCAGGGCGACGAGACAGGUUGUUUCUUGACUUGAGUCAUUCUUCAUUAGUGACUCCACCGCAGACCGAUGUGACGACAGUGAUGGCGUCACUCCAUGAGGAGCUGCAGGAGGAGAUGCACUCCCUGGAGUCAGAGGUGGAGGAUGCUUACCGCACCCAUCGUGUAACCAGCUUACCGUCUCCUUUCACGGGCCCAUCCUGCCCUUUGACCCCUCAUACAGAGGCAGCUCAAAUACUGGCCCGAAUCGGGGACGAGAUUCAGGAGACACAUCUAGCCAAAGUGGAGUUCGCCAUAGCCAGACUGUUCAAUGAGCAGUCUUGUCUUACAUACGAAACAUUCCGAGAAGUUGCCAGAUCGGUCGUUGAUGAAAACAUUCCAGGAUGGCGACAGGUUGCCCUUCUCCUGCUCUACAGUCAAGGUGUGGCAUUCAGGAUGGCUACAGCAGGAGGGAGUGGCAUCAGUAACGUCGUGGACUACUCCGUCAAACUGCUGGCUGACCUGGCUGCAGACUUCAUCAUUCAACAAGGAGGAUGGAGUGGACUGGUGUCAACAGAAUCAAGCAGCUCAUGUGUAACAUCACCAGAACUCAACAGCCAUCUUGUCAACCCCCUUGCCCAGACUGAGGCUCCUGUCACUGCACCUGCAGCAACAUCAACAGCAACAACUGAACCAGCAGUCGGAGACGACACCGUACCCAGUCAGGAUACAUCACCAAGUCCUCCUCAACAGUUAUCCAACGGAACAGAUCAUGUUGACAUUGUGUCUGAUGGACCAGCAGAUUCAGACACUUUCCAGACUCUGACCAGCUCUUCCCAGACGUCUGCUGACAGUGCUAGGGGAGGUAACUCUGAUCAGAGCUCCUGGGUUCCAUCCAUGUUCUCAGGGAACAACAGUGUGAGUUAUGUGAAGAAAGUGUCUGCCACGCUGGCUUUAGUGUCUCUGGGACUUGGACUAGCCUUUGCUUUUUUCAAGAGAUGAUAACCUGUGCAGGUUGAAGUUGUUGUUUCAGAGUGAUCUAAUCACCAGCAGCAUCAACACAUCUUCAUUUCUUGACUGCAAUAGAAUGAUGUUAACAUAAGCCAUCAUGGUUUGAGUGGUGGAUUGAAUAUUACUUAAAUGUAAGGGGUAAGCAGUAGUUGGGUCUACUGACAAUCCUGGCAUGUUUCAAACAUUCAAACCAGCAUUCUCUUUCAUUAGAAUCCCCAAAACAAAUGUUUUUCAAUCUUCCAGCAAAUAAUGACACUUGUAAUGCAGAGAUGAUGUCCUACUGUCACACCAGACUCACUUGACAUGGGUUCAGACACUGAAUGAUGGUCCCCCUUUAAUUAAGGACAUUUUGAGAGCAAGGACUUUAAUACCUGGGUUUGAAUUCAGUCCUGCCAAGUUAGAGCUGCAAUUUGCAAUUUGUUGUGCAGAGUUGUAUGCCAAGCUUGCUUGGUCAUGGAGAUGACAAGACGUUGUGGAUGAUCAACUUCUUUAUAUUCACAAUAGCGACGUUUCGAUAUAGCUUCUUGUACCGUUUUCAAGCAAUGGUAUAAGACGGUAUAAGAAGCUAUACCGAAACGUCACUAUUGUGAAUUUAAAGAAGUUGAUCAUACAUAAAGUUUUGUCAUCUCUAUACCACCAACUUGUAUAAUGCCACUCAAACAAAUUGCUUGGUCAUAGGUUUUGUCAGUGACGCAUGCUCAUUCAUUCACUGCUCAAAGUGUUGUUCACCGUCUCCCUCCCUCUUUCACUCAUUUAUUCACUCACUUUUGCAUAAUCAUUCCUAACAACUUUUGAACCAUUCUGUUUUUGUCAUUCAUUGUAUGGGGCCUUUACUUGACUGUCAGUAGCACAGUGGUUCAUGUGUUAGCUUGCCAUACCAAUGGGUACAGGUUCUGUGACCUAAAGAAGGUCAAGUCUGGUUUUGAAGGUGGUAAGAUUUAAAAACACGUGAUGGGACUGUCUAUUUUCAUAUCAGGUUUGACUGGUGCUUGUCAUUGCAGAGUUGACAAUCCAUUGCAGUCAAUCACAUAACUAUUCAAGAUAUUACAGUGGAAUCUGUCUAAACUGGACUUGUGUUUGACCUUAUGUUAAGUCCAGAUUGGACAGUGAUUUGGAGUAAUGAGAUUUUAACAGGAGUUGCUUCCCUUGCUGUGAGAUGACGAAGAUCUUCAAUAUAAUAUUAUUUUUGCUAAUUUUACAAGACUAUUUUUUAUGUUCUAUUUUUUUAUGUUGUUUACAAAUAAAGUCAAAGAAUAUCUUUAUAUACCUUUCAUAAAAAUCUGUUACUUCAUUAUUAUAUGUUACAGUAACAUCUGGGCUGUAAAUGUAGUCUGGUAUUGAAUAAGAUCUGGAUUUGUAAGUGUCCAGUACAGAUUCCUGUAUUAUGAUAAUAUGUCUGCUAUUUUCUUACCACCAAUCUUCAUUUAUUUGCUAAUAAAGGCUACAGAUAAAGUCUAUGCUAUAGAGUCACAUGGAGAGAGAGGUGAGGUGAAAUUGGGUUUAUCGUCGUGCUUGAGAAUAUUUCGCUCAUAUGACGACCUGCAUGCGUGUGUGU